GGUAAUCAAACUUUGUCCAGAUAUAAAGAAGUCUGCUUUGCGAAAGCAAACAUUAAUCUUUCAUCUAAUAUUAUUCUUCUGUUUAUAUUUCCAUUGAACACAGUAUUGUUUUCUCCAUUCAUCAUUUAAUGACAUUUAUUAAAUUUAAAAUAGACUUCUAUAUGUGACAAAAAUAAAAAAAAAAAUUAUCUUUCACGUUAAAAAAAUUAAUCGUUAAGUUUUUUCUUUUCUUCCAAUAAUUCAACUAUACAUAUUGCAUUAUUAGAGAAAAAAAAAUGACAAGAGACACACAUGUUAUUGGGAUAAUUGAAACCAACACAAAUAAAGAACCAUCGCCCAUAGGAUUUCUUUCAUCCUAUUUGCCAAGUUCAUCAAAAAAUAUUACUAUUGAAAGAAAUGAAAAUUUUUCUCCACCAUAUCCAAUUAAUGCGGCAUCAAAUGGAUUGUUUCCUAUUCCAAUUAUUCCAAGGGGAACAAAUUCCAAUGAUAAUUUAACUAACGUAAAACGCAAUGAAAUUUUAGUUCUUCCAUCAGCACCAAUAAUAUUUAAUCCUAAUGAUGAGAAAGAAAGAAAAAAUUAUGAAAAACAAGAAAUUGAAAAUGAAAUAUCAAAAUUGAAAAUUCAAAUGUUGAAUAAAUCUGAUGAGGAGAAAAGCAUUUUUCUAAACAGUCAAUAUGAAGUGUUACAAAAAAUUGAUAGUAUUAAAUUUAGAUUAUCUCCUGAGGAAAAAAAUGAUUUUCAGAAAAAAAUGAAAGAAAUUGAUGAUAUUCGAAUGUUAAAUACAGAAAUGAAAAGUUUACAUCAAUUUUAUGAGGAAAUUGAUACAAAAGACAGUAAUGAUGAAGCAAUUAAAAAAUGUUCAUUCGAUAUAUCUUCGCUAUUACCAAAAUUUCCCCAGUUGGUGAUUGAUAUUGUUAUUUGUGUAAAAGGAGCAAUGCAAGGUUUAAUGAAUGUUUCAGGAGCAACUUUCUUUAUAAUUUCUUUAAGCGCUUCACUUUUCACAGCAUAUUUCUUGCUUUUAUUUUGUACAUGUAGACGAACAAAAAAAAUCCGUAUUUCUGAAUUUCUUCACAGUCUCAUGUAUACAAUUCUCUUUUUGAUUGUUUCAAUUUUUUCCAAUGCCGAUGAACAACUUAGAGCAUUUGGAUUUUUAGCAUCAGUGCCGUACGGAAGUGAAAUUUCAGGUUGUUGGCCAUUUAUUCAGAGAAGAAUAUUAUACUUGCAAAGAAUAUUUUACUUUGUGCUUUUGUUAACAUUUUCAUAUCCUGUUGUAAGUACGAUCAUAUUAUAAAGGGUGUGGCAUUAUCACACCCUUUAUGAAACACCUUUAAUAUUUUGUAAAAUAUGCACCAUACGAAAUCCAGGACUCGUUUACUAUAAUAUAUUUUUUAAACCCAACAACUUUUUGUUUAAAACAUUUUGCAACAAUAUAAUGCAUUUAUAUUUUAAAAAAUAUUUAAGGGGUUCCUUACAAAGCUAGUAAAAUUCUUGAUAAUCUUGUCGAAUAAUGAUGAUAUUUAUGUGCAUGCAUAAUAAUAAGUUACAAUAAAU